AUGGAGAAAUCCAGAAACUUUCGGAUCGACGCGCUUCUCGCGGUCGACUCGCCCCGGGCGCAGACCUCACCGCUGGCCCUGGUCACCUCGCUGUCCUCCUCCUCCCUCUCCUCCUGCUCCGAGGGACUCACCUCCUCCUCAGCCGCCGAGCACAACACCGGCGCUGCCGACUCGUUACGCACCGAGACGCCAUCCCCGCCGAGGGUUUCCGCCAGCGGGUUGAUCCCGAAGCCCGGGUACCUGAGCGCUCCUCACGCGAUGCUUGGAUUACACCCGCAGAGCUCCGGCCUGCCGCCCCAGGCGCUGUACGGACACCCCAUGUACAGCUACUCCGCUGCCGCCGCGGCGCUGGGGCAGCACCCGGCCCUCUCCUACCCCUACCCGCACCCGCACUCCCACCCGCACCACCCGCACCACCACAGCGACUCCAUCAAACUCACCGCAAGCACCUUCCAGCUGGACCACUGGCUCCGUGUCUCCACCGCGGGCAUGAUGAUGCCCAAGAUGUCCGACUUCAACUCUCAGACGCAGUCCAACCUGCUGGGGAAGUGCAGACGUCCCAGAACCGCGUUCACCAGCCAGCAGCUCCUGGAGCUCGAGCACCAGUUCAAACUCAACAAGUACCUCUCACGACCCAAACGCUUCGAGGUGGCCACGUCCUUGAUGCUGACGGAAACACAGGUCAAAAUCUGGUUCCAGAACCGCCGCAUGAAGUGGAAGAGGAGCAAGAAGGCGAAGGAGCAGGCAGCGCAGGACGCCGACAAGAAGGGCUCCAAACACAGCGGCGCGGAGAAAACGGACUCCAAGAACGGACGCAUCAGGGAUUUCAGGGACAGUGCUGAGGACGACGACGAUGAUGAAGGAGGAGGAGGAGGAGGCGAUGGCGGAGGAGGAGGAGGAGGAGGAGAAAGAGGGACAUUCUUGUACAACUCGUCGGAUUGCUCUUCGGACGACGAGAGAAAUCACACGAGCGACUCGAGACUCCAGCCGUGA